AUGAGCGCUCCUCAACCCAACGAAGCAGAAAAAAAUAUUGAAAUAUGGAAAGUGAAGAAGCUCAUCAAACGUCUCGAGGCUGCUCGAGGCAACGGCACAUCCAUGAUUUCCCUCAUCAUCCCGCCCAAAGACCAGGUCUCUCGUGCGGCCAAAAUGUUGGCUGAAGAAUUCGGUACCGCCUCCAACAUCAAGUCCCGAGUCAAUAGGUUGUCCGUCUUGUCAGCCAUCACCUCCACACAGCAGCGUCUCAAGCUGUACAACAAAGUGCCGCCCAAUGGUCUGGUCGUCUACUGCGGUGAAAUCAUAACCUCAGAAGGAAAAGAGAGAAGAAUCAACAUAGAUUUCGAGCCUUUCAAGCCCAUCAACACUUCUCUCUACCUCUGUGACAACAAAUUUCAUACCGAAGCCCUUAGCGAACUCCUCGAGUCCGACCAGAAAUUCGGUUUCAUCAUCAUGGACGGUAACGGUGCGCUAUUCGGAACACUCAGCGGUAAUACAAGAGAAAUUGUCCAUAAGUUCUCGGUCGAUUUGCCCAAGAAGCACGGUCGUGGUGGUCAGUCCGCUCUGCGUUUUGCCCGUCUAAGAGAAGAGAAGCGUCACAACUAUGUUCGAAAGGUCGCAGAAUUGGCAGUCCAAAACUUCAUCACCAAUGACAAAGUCAACGUCGCUGGUAUCAUCCUGGCCGGCUCUGCGGAUUUCAAGAACGAUUUGAACCAGUCGGACAUGUUCGACAACCGUCUGCAGUCCAAGGUCAUCAAGGUCGUCGAUGUGUCUUACGGUGGUGAGAACGGGUUCAAUCAGGCUAUCGAUCUUUCCGCUGAGACCUUGAGCAACGUCAAAUUCAUCCAAGAAAAGAAGCUCAUUGGUAAGUACUUUGAGGAAAUCAGUCAAGACAGCGGUCGGGUCUGCUAUGGUGUUGAAGACACCCUGAAAGCGCUUGAACUCGGUGCCGCCGAGACUUUGAUUGUCUACGAAAACUUGGAUGUUACCCGCUGGGUCCUGAAGGCUUCUGAUGGUACCGAGAGGAUCCUGCACACGACCAAAGCUCAGGAAUCCAACCGGGAGCAAUUUAUGGACAAGGAGACCGGUCAAGAGAUGGAAGUCAUUGACUCGAGCUCGUUCCUCGAGUGGCUCGCGGAGAAAUACAAGGAUUUCGGUGCCACCUUGGAGUUCGUCUCCGACCGAUCCAGCGAAGGCAAUCAAUUCGUGAAAGGAUUUGGUGGUAUUGGCGCUAUUUUGCGAUACAAGGUCAAUUUUGAGCAAUUGGCCGACGCUGACGACGAGGACGAAUUCUACGAUGAUUGA